UGAGUGAGUGAGUCAGUCAGUCAGUCAGUUACACAUGCGGUUGUAUAUAUAUUAGACUCAAUACUCUAGCGAUGUAUCGUCUAUUUUUUACAGUAAAUUAAUGUAGUUAAUAUUUUUAUCUUAUCGCUCACAUGGUUUAUUUAUUAUCUAAAGAAUUAUAUUCAUGGUAGCAAAUCUAAUUUUUACUUGUUAUUUGCAGUAUAGCAUUCACUUCAUAAGUUUGAAAUAUAAGCAAUAUUAUAUUAUUGAACUGUUUUGUAAUAGUUUUAAUUAAUUUCACAAGUUAUUAAUAUGGCUCUAAACCCUGAUACUGUUCUUGUUGAAGAAAAACCGCUUUACUGUCCCUCUAUGAACGAUGUAGCUCAAGCUCUUAAAGAUGGCCUCUCCGAAAACUUUGAAACUGUUGAAGUCAGUGUUGUUGAUUGUCCAGAUCUAACACAGAAACCCUUCUCGCUUGCCAGUCAAGGUUUGGGUGGUUCACCGACAAUAUUGGAGGUGGGCGGUGUGCCAUUUCUGAUGCCUCUUGUGAAUCGAUCCAAGAUAUAUGAUUUCAAGGACAUGAACAAAGUGACCGGAGUAAACCCUGCCUUUAUCGUCGGGGCGGGUGCUGGACCUUUCACCUACGCAGGUGUCAAUAGUGAGCUGGUAGCCAACCUCGUAGUGAAGGACGGUGAGGUGCGUCAGCUGUCGCAGAUCGCAAAGUUGAAAGAUGAGAGCAAAGGAAAUGAGUUUGUCACCGAGACACUGCAAGACUCAGUGACUUCGUUUGCUCUAUUGGCCAAUCUGUUCGUGAGCGAAGGAAAACCAGGCAAAGUGUUAAGGGUGCACUGCGCCAAACGCAAGGGGACAUCUGACUUUGUGACGGCUGCCAGAGACAGCCUCCUGAAAGGGUUUCCUGGAAAAGCUAUUGGAGUGGGAGGUACGUUCCUUGUAAACGGCAGCAAGGUGAAGCAGCACAUCAUGGCAGACUUUACAACUACACCUCUGGACACUGAGGAGAAGGUCAACAACUGGUUGCGAUUCUACAGCAUGAACCCACCGCUCGUCGCUCUGGGCACUUUCGUCACCAAUGAUCCGGGGCUGAACUUGCGUGUGAUCCACUUCCACGCACUCAGCGAUCACGGUGAGGCAGGCCAUUACCAUUAUGAUACAGAGCCGGAGAAGGUGGAGUACCUCGCGUACUUCAACCUCGGGACCAAGGUGGUCCGAAUGGACCGACCUCAGGACGAGAGCAAGUUAGGGCAUAAUUGAGUGCAGGUUGCAGAUGCCACAAAAACAACAGUUUUACCAUGUGAUGACAUAAGGUGUUUUCUCUACGACCACCACACAAAACAUACUUUUUUAGACACUAUUGCCAGUAACAGAAAAAAGUAGAGGGCUUGACUCGUUUACUGAGCCACUAAAUUGUAGAAGAGAUAUUUCAGCAAACACCUACUUAAACCCUGGAUCUGCCAGUAAUUUUUUCUAAAGGGAUUUUCAACGCUAUUGCAUGCUUUAAAAAAAUGUUCUUUGAUAUAUGUUAUUUGAUACCUAUUUAAAUAGUUUUUAUAUGAUUUUUCAGCUAAACUCAUAGAUUAGAGUCGUGUUAGUCUCGUACCAAAAAGUAUUUAUUUUUUUUCAAAAAGUAUAAUUUUUUAUUUAAAACAUUUUUUAAAGUAUUUGUUAUUUUAAGGAUAUACAAUAAUUUGAAACUUAACGAUCCAAGAUAGCUUAAAUGUAAGUUAUUAAGUACCUUUUGGAUUAGUAAUAGAUUAAAAGCAUGCUACAGUUAGACAAAUGAGGAAAUCAUUUACAUAAGUUGCUUAGCAACAAAAAUUAAUUUCAGGCACUCGUGUAAAAAUAAUAUAAAAAGUAAAAGAUAUGACAAUUCACUUAAUUUUGGGGUCUAAAGAUUUAAAACACAAUUUUACAACAGUAAGACAAUUUAUUUGGCUUAUUUCUGCAUUUAAAAUCUCAAAGCGCGGCAUCAACAAUUGAACGCAUCUUAGACCAUACGGUUGGUCAAAUAUAGAGCUCGUAAAUACGAAACUUAGGUCACAGACAGCCGAAUACAAGUAGGUUGUAAAGUACAUAUCUUCUGUAAAGUGUCUGAGAGUCCAUCAUAUUUUGUAAAAUGCAUACCUGUUUUGUGAGGUUUUGCGGACUGUCCUUGUAAAAUUUAUAAUCUAAAUAGUAACUUAAAACCCUUUCAACCCCAAGAUUUUUGUGUGGGGAUCUACCAGAUUCCCAGCUCUUGGCGCUGAGGUAUCUGCACCAGUCCCAGCCAUAUUUUAAUAGAAGUGUAGACGUUAGCUAAAAAUUGCAUAGAAUUUUCAUUUAUUGAUGAAAAUUUAUGUCGUUUUUAUGUUUUUACUUCCCAACGUACACUGUAUUGCAUGCUUUAAACUAAAUUUUUGUAAUCAUGCACAAAAAAAAUGUUUUUAACAAAAUUGUUACAAAAAAAAUAAUUCCUAAAUUUUGCAUUUCUAAUGGUAAGGAGAAGCCUCAAAAAAUUCCUAGGUCUGAAACAAUGUUUUUUUUUUUAUUAUUACACAUAAAAUUGAAGUAGAACCCAAGUUUUCAUUGCAAUAUAUUUAUAAAUAGCUGAGAUAAUAUCAAAAGAAAAAAAGAUGUAACAUGGCCAAACAGCCACGGCCAUCUAAAUCAAACUAAAACAUAGUUGGCACAUCGAAUAAAAAGUAUCAAUAGUUACUGUAACUUUGUAGGCCAGUUCAUUACGAGUACUCUGAUAUAAUAAUUAUAAUUAUACUGCAAUUUAUUAUAUUCAAAAAAUAUUUUUUUCAGAACGUCCUAAAAAUAGGACGUUGGGAUCAUAAGCAAUUUCACACGACGUCCUAAAAGUAGACGUUGGGAUCAUACGCGAUUUCAUGUGAUGUCCUAAAAUAAGGACGUUGGGAUUGAAAGGGUAACUUAAAUAUAAAGUGUUAAAUAACACAUUUUUGCAAAGAACACUGUGCUUUCAGACUGUGUAACUAUAAAGUUAAAAAAAACAAUGUCUUUGUUUGAAAAUUAAAAAGAAGUUAAACAAAUAAUAAAAACAAAAUUUACAAUAAAAUAUGCAUAUGUAUUUGAAAUAUUACACAUAUUCAAAAUUUAGAAUAGCCACUAUGUUGGAAAUUGUGUUCUGAAGGCAAAAAUGUAUAAUGUUGAACUGUUUAUAUUAAUAAUCUUUUUAAAAAUUAUUUUUAUAAAAAUAAGUGCACGUUUGGAAUUUUGUCCUACUUGCGGUAGUUAUAUAACACAUUGAUAUAACAAUGUUUUACUUUUUAUAUUAUACUAAAUACAGUAGCAAUACAACAUUUAGAAUAGCCUACUUGUAGCCAAUUUUGCCAUGAACACAGAAAUUAAUAUACAUUACUGUAAGUUUUUUAGCAAUUCAUAAUACUUAUGUAUAUAAAAGAAAGUUAAAAUAGUUAUCAUCUUUUAUGUAAAACAUAAACAAUAUUUACAUACAAUAAUAUCAUUUAACAAUUAAUAACUAUAUAACAACAAAUUGAAAUGAAAACAAGGACUGUAAACAGCGAAAUUUGCAUGUAUAUAUCUGUGCAACAACAAACAGUACAAACACAUUUUGCUGGAAACAACAGCUGAUGAAAAUUAUGUAGACUAAUGUUUGGUACAGAGUACGAGAAAUCAAACACCCACUAAACAUAAAGAAAAACUCAUCGAGUUUUGAACGGUAUAGGUUAUAAUGCGAUUUGAUCUGUAUUAGCAUCAGCAAAAUGAGUUUAAAGAUAUGAAUGUUUAACAUCAAAAUAUUUGAUGAUUACGUUUAGUGAAAGUCUGAGUCAUCAAAAAUAUUGAUGAUGGACGCUUGGAGAGUUAAAGUUGUAAUUUCAUGUGAAAAUUCUGACUUACUUCCGAAUAAAUAAUAAAAAUAUGACUGUAUUAUCCAAUGGUACCAAUGACAUUAUAGAAAGCACAGUCUGUACCAAUGUACCAGUGGCACACCACCCCAUAGCUCCAGGUUUAAAUAUGAGUAACAAUUCUAGGAACUUUUUGAUUCUUCACUAUGUAGAAAGAAGAAUCACAAUAAAAAUGAGUAAAUGCUUAUUUUCAUUGUGCCAUAUUGUACCAACAUUCCAUAACUUUUGAUAAUGUCUGCCUUCCAGUUAUUCCAAACUCACACCUAUAAUUUUUUACGAUUUUGGUUUUCUAUAUCUAUUGAGAAAAUUAUAUUUAUUUGGAAUAACUAAUUUCUCACACGUGAUUGAUUACAAUUUAAAGUAAACUCAUAUGUGAUUGAUUAAUGUUUAAAGUAAACUCAUAUGUGAUUGAUUACUGUUUAAAGUAAACUCAUUUGAUUGAUUACUUUUUAAAGUAAACUUGAGUGUGAUUGAUUAACAUUUAAAAUAAACUCAUAUGUGAUAGGUAGAUGUUAAAUAUAAACUCAUAUGUGAUUGAUUAACAUUUAAAGUUAACUUGUAUGUGAUUCGUAACAACAGUCAGUUGUUCUCAUUUUAAUAGUAACUAGAUUAAAGAUAUAAAAAAUGUUGUCUGUGCCUUCUCUUUUUAGGCGUACAGUGAUUUUAAUUAGUUUAUUACAAGAACACAUUAAGUUUUUUGAAUGUUUAGGAAAACUGUAUACUGUUAAAUUAAGUAUGUAUUCUGUCUGGUUCUUGAUCUAUUGGUUUGGUUCUUAAAUAUAGUAUUAUUUAUAUUUUAUUAAGGUAAUUGUGGGCUUUAAGAUAUAUUUACAGAUAAUAUAUUAUAACAAAUUACCACAUGUUAUGGUGCAUAAUGAGUCAAUUAUAUUGGGUAGGUAGUAGAAUUUUAGAGUAUACUGAAGAUUAUAUACUGUUUUUAUGUAUUAAUGUUUAUAUUUAUAUUAUUGUUGAUAAAUAAAGAGGUUUAUUUGAGUAUAAAUUUA